GACUCAGUGCUGAGAGAGAAGCCUCUAAGCUGUUCAUUAACAGAGUCAGGUGGAGGUGGGAGCUGCACCUAGGAAGCUCCAGGUGCUCAUUUGUUUCAGCCGGAUCCACUCGGGGAAUCACUGCGGGCCAGUUGGCCAAGAGUCCGGGUUUCUGCGCAAGAGAGAUCCUAACUAGAAUCCAGCAUGUCGAAUUUUUCCUCAAGAAAAAAGUCUCCUACUGGAAAUGAUAUGAAAAAUGCCCAGGCGGCUGCCCUGAGACCACAGGGUUUCCAUGAUGUGAACAAGAGAAGGGCUUUAUUACAGGAUAACAGCUGGAUAAAGAAACGCCCCGAGGAAGAAAAAGAUGAAAAUUAUGGCAGAGUGGUGCUCAACCGACAUAACUCCCAUGAUGCCUUGGACAGGAAAAUGACUGAGAGAGAUGAGCCAAAAGCCACAAUUAGCCGGUACAGAUCUGAGGACAUGCUGGACAGAACACUGUCCACAUUUAGGGCAUCAGAAGCACCGAAGAUGUCUGCUGGCAGCUCCUUUAGUGCAAACACUACCACCACGGCUUCCACCCCUGCUACCACACCUGUAAAGAAAAAGAGACAGUCCUGGUUCCCACCACCCCCUCCUGGUCACAGUGCCUCUCUAAGCCCAGGAGCCAGCAGAAGAGACCCAGCUGGCCACCCUCCAAUACCUCCAAAACCCUGCUCUCCCAUUGCGUCUCCUAAACAACUGAGGCGGAAUCACAGGCAAACACAUGCAACUACAGCAGGUACCUGUGAAGAAGCCAGUAGACAUGCAGAAAGAAAUAUAAGGACUGAGGACCUUGAUGACAUCACCAGAGUGGCUCCUUCACUUCAGGAAACUGACAAGGGGGAAGAACUGGAUAAUCUCAUCAGACUGAACAAAAGCUUGAACAGCAAUCAAGGUCUUGAUGGCCUCUUCCGAGCAAACCUAAAGGCACAGCAGAUAGACAAAAGAGCCCAGAGCCUUGAAAGUCUCAUCUGUAUGAAAGCCCAGAUGGACAGAGAUGGCAAAGGAAGUCAAACCAUUGGAAGUCUUAAGAAAGUCAACCAAAGGGGUGACAACCAGAGAGAAAGCCAAGAUCUCAGAUCAGUUAUCAAAACAAAUGUCAUGACUGACAGAAGCAGCAGAAGAAAACAAGAUCUCGAUGGACUGCUUAAAGUGAAUCCUGAAACAAGUGAACCGUUGAAGAGAGGCCAGAGCCUUGACAAUCUGAUCAAAGUCACCCCGGAAGAAAACAGAAGUAGCCAAGGGAGUCAACGUCUUGACAAUUUCAACAAACGGGUGCCCACAACCAACAGAGCAGACCACAGGAACCAAGACCUGGACAGUCUUAUCCAGGUGACCCGCUCAGAAAACAAAAGCAAUCAACACAAUCUUGAUGAACUUAUUAAGACAAGCCCCAAAGCUGUCAAAACUACUGCUGGACACCAAGAUCUCAAUAAGUUCAUCAAAGUAAAUCCUGAUGUUCUUACAAACAACCAAAGAAACUAUGAUCUGGAUGGCAUCAGAGGGAAUCCUACAGUGACCAAAGAUGAUCAAAGCCAAGACUUGGACAAUCUUAUUAAGGUGAAGCCUUCUGCUUUCAGAAACACAAAUGGAGACCGGAGCCUAGAAAAUUUAACUGAAGUAAGUUCUCAAGUAUCUGAAGAUAAAAAUGGAAGGAUAGAUGGCCAAACCAAUGGAUUCAUCAACACCCUCUUCAGGGAGUCAUCAGGCACCUCUCUCUACUCUUAUGAAGCCAGGAACAGCCUGAGCUCUAAUUCUGGAACCAGGAAUGCUGGACCCAAGGACACUGUUGUCUAUACAAGGACAUAUGUGGAGAAUAGUAAAUCACCAAGGGAUGGAUAUCAGGAAAAUAUCUCAGGAAAAUAUAUACAAACUGUUUAUUCAACUUCAGAUAGGUCUGUCAUUGAAAGAGAUAUGUGCACUUACUGCCGCAAGCCCUUGGGGGUAGAAACCAAAAUGAUUUUAGAUGAGUUACAAAUCUGCUGCCAUUCCACUUGCUUUAAGUGUGAGAUAUGCAAACAGCCUUUGGAAAACUUACGAGCAGGUGACAGUAUUUGGAUCUAUAGACAGACAAUCCAUUGUGAGCCCUGCUACUCUAAAGUGAUGGCAAAAUGGAUUCACUAAUGCUGACACACAGAAAUGAAGAUGAAAGCCUUCGUUAAGGAAUUUAAAGCUACAUUUUAAGGAAUAUACAAUCUGGAAGAUUUAUAUUGAAGAUCAUCUCUUAUAUCAAAAUAACAGCUUUGUUGUUGCACGGAUAAUCUAAUUACUUUCAAAUAGGGCCACAUACAUGAGGAGAACCAUCUUGUAUCUGAGAUUUGGUGGUAAAAAUCUAUACAGUUCUAGUCGCCAGUGUUAGUGGCAGUAAAAAUUGUCAACCCUGAACAGGCCUUCCCUGCUCCACGUUUGGCUGCCCUUCAGGGUUUCCACUAUAACCACACUCCUCACCUUCUCACCCACAUUCCCCUAACAAUUUG